AUGGAGCGAGCCAGCCUGAUCCAGAAGGCCAAGCUGGCCGAGCAGGCCGAGCGCUACGAGGACAUGGCGGCCUUCAUGAAGGCCGCGGUGGAGCGCGGCGAGGAGCUGAGCUGCGAGGAGCGGAACCUGCUGUCGGUGGCCUACAAGAACGUGGUGGGCAGCCAGCGGGGCGCCUGGAGGGUCCUCAGCAGCAUCGAGCACAGGGGCCCCGAGGAAGGCGGCGAGGAGCGGGGCCCCGAGGCCCGGGAAUACCGGGAGAAGGUGGAGGCCGAGCUGCGGGCCGUGUGCGGUGCCGUCCUCGCCCUGCUCGACUCGCACCUCAUCAAGCGGGCGGGCGACGCCGAGAGCCGCGUCUUCUACCUGAAGAUGAAGGGCGACUACUACCGCUACCUGGCCGAGGUGGCCGCGGGCGACGACAAGAAGCGGACCAUCGACUCGGCCCGGGGCGCCUACCAGGAGGCCAUGGACAUCGGCAAGAACGAGAUGCCCCCGACCAACCCCAUCCGCCUGGGCCUGGCCCUCAACUUCUCCGUCUUCCACUACGAGAUCGCCAGCAGCCCCGAGGAGGCCAUCGCGCUGGCCAAGACCACCUUCGACGAGGCCAUGGCCGAACUGCACACGCUCAGCGAGGACUCCUAUAAGGACAGCACGCUCAUCAUGCAGCUGCUCCGCGACAACCUCACCCUCUGGACGGCCGACAGCGCCGGGGAGGAAGGCGGGGAGGCCCCCGAGGACCCCCAGAGCUGA